AUGUUCUUCGCCCAGCCCGACUGCCCCGCGAGGUUUGCCCACCAAGACGAGCACCGCAUCAGGGGCCUUAACGCCGAGGCCAUCGCCCGAGUCCUCCUGCCGGUGCCCUCGUGGCUGCUAGAGUCGGAGUAUGCACCCCUCCGGGCCGAGGGCGACGAUCUAGGGCCCUCCCUCUUCUUUAGUCUAAACCUCUCCAUCUACGGCCAGCCGGUCGUCGAUACCGACUGGUCCGAGCAGUGGUUCUUUAUGAGCGGCCGCGUUCACCCCUACGCCCUCUCCUGGGAGGUGGAGCGCCGCGACGGCCUCGAGGCCGGCCCGGACGAUGCUAUUCUCUACACCGUGCCCGCCCUUAUCGUCCGCAACCAAGGUUACCAGCCCGUCCUGCCGCGCUCCUUGGCCUCUAGCGGCCAGUUCCCGUCUACGCCUCCCGUUGUCUCCUUCCAUGGCGUCGUAGCCGGGCCCGGCCUCGACCUCCUGCGUCGAGACUUCCUGCCCGGUCUCGGGCCCGACCAGCUCCGCUGCUGCGGCUUCGGCUACCACCCCUUCGAGGUCUUUGUUAUCUUUCCCGUCUACGUUAACCCUUGGGCCGUGCUAUGCAAGAAAAUCGCUGAAAAGCCUAACUCUUCCUUCCUGCCCGGCGUCCCCUUUACCUGCACCGGAAAGGUCGUCGGCCUUCUCGACCACCGCGUUAUGCUCUCCCCCCCGGGCUCGGAGCGCGAUUACGUCUUUAUCAUCGUCCCGGACAGCUGGACCUUUGUCGAUCGGCCCUCGGCGGCCGCCGCCGCCGCCUCGGCUUCCCCCCUCGCUACGCCCUUUAGGCGUCAGACCCAAUCCGCCUCCUCUACCUUCGAUUCCCUCCGUGCCGCCUUGUACUCUGUUGCCGCGCCGGCCUCGACCGCGCCGCCCCCUUUCCUCGGCCCCGGCCCCGCCAGCCUCGACCCCGUCACGCCGCCGCCUAAGCGAUCGCCCCGGCCCUGGCCGAUACGCCCAUGA